UUGUGUUGCCGAAAUACCAAUAUAUUACGGAGGGGUGCAGAGUUUCCAGUCCUAGAAAACUUCAUCUAGUCUGAUGCCAAGCUGACACUUGGUGGGUGGGUGUCAUUCAUUAGAAGAUUUGGUUAGAUCGCCGACGAAACUUCUCCGGUACACCUCAUUUAAAGGCACAAUGGACGGCUUUGGCGAUAACUUUGACCAAGCUGAUGUCGACCCAGCCGCCGAGUUUAUUGCUCGCGAACAGAAUGAGCUUGCUGGUCUGGACGACGAUAUUACACCUGCAGCACCGGCCGUAUCUGGUGCUGUGCUAACGAACGAUGAGGAUCCCUUUGGUCUACCAUCCAUUCAAGAUCAAGACCAAGAUCCUUUUGCCAGCUUUGGACAGACCCCAGUAGCUCAGGUUCCAGUUGAUACCCCAGAUAUCAAGACUGCCCCUUUUGAAUUUGAGGAUUCUCUUGAUCAAGCUUCUCAAGAUAGUAAUCUCUUUGUCAAGCAAGAGGAGCCAUCACAAGAUAAUUUACUUAGUGAAACAGGAGGUCUAAAUAGUUUUGGUGAUGCGCCCAGUGAGAACCAGUUCGGCAGUGCUGAGACUGCUGAGGAAGAAACACCAAGCCCAGCUCACCGUCCAACUGUUGUGAGGGAGGAGCCUGAAAAAAUUAAGAAAUGGAGAGAAGAGCAAAAGCUGCGUCUGGAAGAAAAGGAUGCUAAUGAAGAAAAGAAGAGAGAAGAAUGGCAUGAAGCAGCCAAAAAGGAACUUGAAGAAUGGUAUCGCCAUCAUGAUGAAUUGAUUGCCAAAACUCGGGCAGCAAACCGAGAGUCUGCUAUGAAUGCUGAAAAACAAUUUGUAGCAGAUGAUGAUGAAAUUGAACCUGGCACUGAAUGGGAGCGCAUUGCUAAGCAUUGUGACUUUAAUCCAAAAGCUAGCAAGGGCAGCAAGGAUGUGUCCCGCAUGCGUUCAAUCAUUCUCCAGCUGAAGCAAAACCCUUUACCUGUCAACGGAUUUGGAAAUAAACGGUCCUAGGUAAGGAGAUGUCAUCCUAGUGCUAGUGCCUUUCAGACUUCAUAACAGGUUACCGAUCUUUGGCCACUGGAGUGGGUAGUAAUUUCCAUUUAUUUUUUUUAAAUGUUUGAGAUUUAUGAGAGACUUUAGUUUCAUUUAAUAGUGGAAUUAAUCAACUCCGUACUAAAAACUAGCUCCUUCUGCCUGUAAAUGUGUUAAAAUUCUGUACAUUCCUGGAAUAAUUUUUGUGGUGCUUGAGUUAAUGAAUUUGAAAGUUAUACAUUUAAUUUUAAAGAAUUGUUUUUAUGGUUUCAUUAAUGUAUAUUCCCCUGACCAUUUUGAUGAACUCAGCUAUAUGAUAUACCAAAUUAUAUAUUCAUUCACUUAAGUUAUUAGUUCUUCUAAUUUGUAUUUUCAUAAGUUUGAAAUCAAGUUACAUGAAAUAUUGUGGUUAUACUGGUUGACCAUCGUUCUAGUAUUCUUGCUGUUUUGUAUGCGACUCUAAAUACAAAAUGUACAUAAUGUGCUUCAGAUAUUAUGUGGAAAACAAUAUAUUGGAUCAUAGAAA